CCGUUCAGCCUAUUGGUGCUUGGCUCUUCCUCUUAAAUCAAGUUCAUUCAAGUAAUUUGAGCAGAUGACAGAGAGACUGAGAAGGCUAGGUACAGCUCCCUGCCGUAUGGACUGCAUUUAUUGAUGAGCAGGGCUGGAAGAAAGCUGCAGUCAGAGGGACACAUUCCAGAUCCAGACAUUUAAAGGCAGCUAAGAUGUCAUCGGUAAGGUUUGAAUCCGGCCCGGACGCCUCGGCAGUUAAUGGGUUUACUAAGACAGAGGAGAAAAUACAGAUCGAUGACGGGAAAAAUGAAGCAGAGGAGCCGGUGACAAGGACCAGCAUGUUAAAGAAAAAAAUGGCUCCGUUUGUGAUGUCUUUCGGAUUCAGGGUUUUUGGUGUCAUUCUCAUCAUUGUGGAUUUUGUCUUUGUUAUUGUGGAUCUUUCUGUCGCUGAGAAAAGUGCACAAACCAGCGCUACCAUAUCGGGCAUCUCGUUAGCCAUAUCGUUCUUCUUUCUCCUUGACGUUCUUCUACACAUAUUCGUGGAAGGGUUUCAUCAGUAUUUUAGUUCAAAGCUAAACAUUUUUGACGCCGCCAUCGUUGUGGUUACGCUGCUUGUCACUCUUAUAUACGCCUUCACGGACUUCAGUGGAGCGACAAACAUCCCAAGACUGGUGAACUUAUUCCGAGCUUUGAGAAUAAUCAUUUUGGUAAGAAUCUUCCGCUUGGCUUCUCAGAAAAAACAACUGGAAAAGGUUACUCGGAGGAUGGUCUCUGAAAACAAAAGACGCUACCAAAAGGAUGGAUUUGAUCUGGAUCUCACCUAUGUCACCGAUCGUAUAAUUGCCAUGUCAUUUCCCUCGUCUGGGAAACAGUCCUUUUACAGGAAUCCCAUCAAGGAAGUAGCAAGGUUUUUAGACUUGAAACAUAAGGAUCACUACAGGAUCUACAAUUUAUGCAGUGAGAAUGGAUACGAUCCCAAAUAUUUCCACUACCGUGUGGAACGAAUUUUUAUUGAUGAUCAUAAUGUCCCUGCUCUAGCAGACAUGCUGACCUUCACGGCAAGUGUACGUGCAUGGAUGGCAGAGGAUCCGAAGAAUGUUAUAGCUAUUCAUUGUAAAGGCGGUAAAGGUCGGACGGGCACCAUGGUUUGCACAUACCUUAUUGACUGUGACCAGUUUGAGAGCGCAAAGGAAAGUCUGGAUUAUUUUGGAGAACGCAGGACAGACACAACUGUGAGCACCAAAUUUCAAGGUGUGGAAACACCAUCUCAGAGCAGGUAUGUUGGAUAUUAUGAAAUCAUGAAGAAUAAAUACAAGCUGCAGCUUCCUCCAGAAAAGAAAUUCAGCAUCCGAAGCAUCAGAAUUCACUCCAUUCAAGGUGUGGGGAAAAGCAAUGGCAGCGACCUGAAGGUUCAGAUAUUAAUGAAGAAGGAGGUGGUUUUCCAGUGUGUCUGCAGGACGCAGGAGAACUGCACGCUGUUUUUUGAUGCUGGAAAUAACUCCGUAGUAAUCAGUUUGAAAGGAUGUCCUGUCAUCUCUGGAGACAUCAAAAUAAGAUUUGAGUCCAAUGCUGGUCUGCCAAAAGGCUAUGACGACUGUCCGUUUUAUUUCUGGUUCAAUACGUCUUUCAUAGAAAAUGACAGACUUUAUCUCUCCAAGAACGAGCUGGAUAAUCCCCACAAAGAAAAAUCUGCCAAGAUCUACAAGGAGAACUUUGCAGUGGAAGUGAACUUCGAGCCUUGAGUCAGUCUGUCUCAAAUAUGGAAGACCAACAUGUGUGCCCACGUCUGUUAUAACGUUUCUUAAGAGUUU